AUGCCUGGAGAGGCUCCCACCAAUAUCAUGCACAUUUGUUGCACAAGCCGCAUUCCUAAUUCAUCAUCUUCACUCACCGGACGGGCUGCCUGGAUUCAUAAGCAAGAGGCGACGGCCAACCCUGAAGGCUCCAGUCCUGACAAGAGCGCUUCGUAUCUGACAGUCAAUGGCGCUCGCCGAAUCACUGGCCAUCGUAUUCACAGCCAUGGGGCGCAAGGAACUCCGGCAAAGUCGCCAUCCAGUUAUGUCUGCUUUUCCACCGGCUACGCAGCGGACUUCGCUCUGGCCGACGGCAUUCCCAGUCAAACGGAUGGAUGUGGCAUCCGUCACCAUGCCCAUUGGCUUUCACACGAGAGUCACGAGAAUACAGGUUGCUUCUUCUUCAAUGCAAUGCGGUAUCUCAUUUUGACUCACAAGGCUACGGCUCGGCCGACGCUGCUUGAGUGA